AUGUUGCCUCAGCCCAGAAGGUCGGGUUUGGAUUGGCUAGUUCCUGGCCCGCCCGUUCCAACUCAGGAGUUGAGCCUUGGCAUCUUGGUGAAGACUUUGGCCUCAUGGCUCCUAGAGCGGAGGGCACAGCGCGAGGCUGGUUUCACAGAGCAGCGACUACCUCCCUCUCUUGGCAGUGGAAGGAUAACGGCCCAGAGAGCUGGGCCUGGUUUGGCUAAAUUCUGGCCUGCCCGUUCCAAGCCAGGAGUUGAGCCUUGGCAUCUGAGUGAAGACUUGGGUGUCACGGUUCCUAGAGUGGAGGGCACAGCGUGA